CUCACGUCUGACUUCUGUAGCCCAAGUUAAAGCGAACGGCCAUUCCUUGAGAUCUCACUCUCUUGUCAUCGUUAUUCCUUUCCCCUCAAUCUCUAUCUCAACCACUUACCUGAUCACGCGACAUCUGAGAUCGAGGACUUAAAAGGGCUCCACCACAGUUUCCAUCGAAGCUGUUCUCCCUGUUCCGUACUGAACAAUACCCUGGCUUCAAUUUCAUCUCUUCGACCUUCAGCCAUGAUCCCGAAGACCGUUCUGGAACUAUGUCAGAGCGGUGCAUCCGUCAGCGCCGAGCUGGCCAAGGAGCCAAACUUGUCUCCCCAUGAGGCAGCGAAGAAGCUCUUCCAUUAUGACGCUGGGGACGAAAAAGCAAACAAGAAACUGACACUGGGCGAUGAAACCGAUGCGGAUCUUGAACAGGCUCUCGCUUGUGGCAACUGGGGAACGUCAAAGCCGAGCCCACUCUUCCUACGAAUCUUUCAUGAUGUCUUGUGCACGCUGGAGAAGAACCCUUUGGCUGGCGUCUGCUCACCCUCACUCAUGGGGAGCAACGGUGUAUGCCCGUUGACAAUCUUUGCGCCCAUCCCGGACAUUUGCCGGCACAUGUCCAAUGUCAUCGCUCGAGCAGAGGAGGAAGUCUACUUAGCCACGAAUUUCUGGAUGCACUCGGAGCCGACCAUGUUGAUCACCAAUGCCAUAAAAGAGCUCAACAGAAAGGCCGGCGCAUUGAACAAGAAAAUCGUCGUCAAGAUCAUUUACGAUCGAGGUAGCGCGAAACAGUUCAUCCAUAACCAUAUUGUGGUAGAACCUAAGACAUAUGCCGAUCCAAAUGGAGCCAUCCGACUGCCACAUCCUGACGAUAUACCCCAUCUCGAUCUCGAGGUCGUCAACUAUCACCAGCCUAUCUUUGGCACUUUCCACUGCAAGUACGUGAUCGCAGAUCGCAAGAUCGCCAUCAUUCAGAGCAACAACAUCCAAGACAAUGACAAUCUGGAAAUGAUGACUCAGUGGGAGGGAGCGAUUGUGGAUUCCUUUUACGACAUGGCGCUCAUUUCGUGGCACAAUGCCUUGCAUCCUCCCCUCCCUCUGUUGAACCGCCCGGCUGCAGGACAACCGACACCCACAUUCCACUCCGACUCUCACGCUACACUGUUUGACCAGAGUGGGCAAUUGAGAGAAGUCUACCAUUCGACCGAGACGAUGCCCGAUGGCCAUGAUAAUUUGCGUGAACUCGCCGCGGCUGGCUCACAGACGGAUCUACCUAUGCACACGUCCAAAGACCCGCACUAUGACGAGGACAUCAAGUCUGAAGUCCUGCGUGCUGCAGCGGCCCUGAAACCUCGUCAAGGCGAAAGACGCAUUGAUCCUAUCACUCGUCUCCUGAAUACAACAAUCCAACCAGAUACCAAGGGCAGCGCACCAGACAUUGAACCCGCUGAUUCCAUGACGCCAUUCAUUCCCAUACCUCAGCACGAUCCCGUCCCAGUUGCGAUGGUGUGCAGAGAGCCAUGGGGAAAGCCUGGCAAAGGUUCACUGCACGUUCCACAGAACGAAGCGUUUGCGUCGGCUUUACGCCAUGCCAAGGAGUCUGUUUUCAUCCAGACACCCGACUUGAAUGCUGAAGAUCUCAUUCCUGAGAUUGUCAAGGCAUGUCGUCGCGGUGUGCACGUGAUAUAUUACUACUGUCUCGGAUACAACGAUGCUGGUGAGUUGCUGCCGGGCCAGAACGGGCAUAACGAGAUGAUUGCACACGGUUUCUACAAGGAGCUCGAAGAGCAGUACCAUCAGAACCUGGAUAUUCAUGCCUAUGUGGCCAAGGAUCAGGUCCAUCCGAUACACAACAAGUUCAAGAAGCGAUCGUGUCAUAUCAAGGUCAUGAUCGUCGAUGAACAUAUUGGCAUUCAAGGCAAUGGCAACCAGGACACCCAGAGCUGGUACCACAGUCAAGAGAUCAAUAUCAUGUGUGAUAGCGCGUUGAUUGUGGGCAAGUGGUUGGAGGGCCUGAGGCAGAAUCAGAACACUCAUAUUUAUGGCAAAACGGAGAAGGAAGGACCUGACUCUGGAUGCUGGAAGGAUCCUCAGACUGGAAAACAAGCCGAAGCUGCCAUCGGUGUUGAUCCAGGCAAAUUUGCUUGGGCUAAAGGAUUUAUUGGAGCGGUGCAGCGAGUUCGUGGAGCUGGAGGCUUCUGAGAGCAGCUUUAUGCUUUGGCGCAGGUACAACUCAGGGUGAUUG